UUCCAGAGGCAUCAUGGCACGUUCUUUGUUUUUGCUGCUGCUCUUUGCUUUCGCUCUGCUCUCUUCUAUGACUUCGGCUGCUGUGGUUGAGCACACUUUCAAUGUUGGGAAUCUCACCAUUGAGCGAUUGUGCCACAAACGAGUCAUAACUGCAGUAAACGGGGAAUUUCCAGGGCCAAGAAUUAGGGUUAGGGAGGGAGACACUGUCAUUGUUCACGUCUUUAACAAGUCACCAUACAACCUCACCAUUCACUGGCAUGGGGUAUUUCAGCUACUAAGUGCGUGGGCGGAUGGGCCUGAGUACAUAACCCAAUGUCCAAUACUUCCCGGAAACAACUACACUUACAAAUUUAACAUCACAAAGCAAGAGGGAACUCUAUGGUGGCAUGCUCACUUCUCAUGGCUUCGAGCAACUGUUUAUGGACCACUCAUCAUUCACCCAAGAUCUGGCCGUUCCUUCCCAUAUGAAAAACCCUACAAGGAGGUCCCAAUUCUCUUAGGGGAAUGGUGGAAUGCUAAUGUUAUUGAUGUCGAGAAUGAAGCAACUAUGAAUGGGGGUGCUCCAAAUAUUUCUGAUGCUUUCACCAUCAAUGGCCAACCUGGCGAUCUCUACCCAUGUUCCAAAAAUCAUACUUAUAAGUUGACCGUGGUGCCUGGCAAGACCUACCUCCUCCGUAUAAUCAAUGUUGCACUGAAUAACCAGCUCUUCUUCAAGAUUGCGGAUCACAACUUAACUGUCGUUGGCAUUGACGCUAGUUAUACCGAGCCCUAUCACACUGAUGUGGUCGUGAUUGCCCCUGGCCAGACAACCGACGUCCUCUUAACGGCCAACCGACCGUCGGGGAGAUACUACAUGGCGGCUCAUCCAUACAAUAGCGCCGGCGGUGGAGGAUUCGAUAACACUACGACAACUGGCAUCAUCCAAUACGAGGGAGCCACAUCAUCAAUACCCCAAAUGCCAAACCUUCCAGCUUUCAAUGACACACCAACAGCCCACAAGUUCUAUAGUAACCUCACCUCACUUAUUGGUGGGCCCCACUGGAUCCACAUGCCGAAUCAGUGUGACGAGAGGAUGUUUGUAACAGAAGGAUUGGGUCUCGUCCCUUGUGAAAAGAAUACCACGUGUGCGGGCCCCAAUGGGUUUCGAUUCGCUGCUAGCAUGAAUAACGCGUCAUUCCAGCUGCCGUCGCGAUUAUCGUUGUUGCAAGCAUACUUCUUCAACGUGAGUGGGAUCUAUACCGCUGAUUUCCCUGACCAGCCACCAGUGGUGUUUGACUACACAAACACCAACAAUAGUUUUAAUGUAUCCCUUUUGUUGACGAAUAAAGGGACACGUGUCAAGAAGUUGAAAUAUAAUACGACGGUGGAGAUGGUGCUUCAAAAUACAGCAUUGAUUGGAACGGAGAACCAUCCGGUUCAUUUGCACGGUUUCAACUUUUUUGUAGUGGGUCAAGGGUUUGGGAACUAUAACUCUACCAAAGAUGCGAACAAGUUCAAUUUGGUAAAUCCACAACAACGUAACACCAUUGCUGUACCUGUUGGAGGCUGGGCUGCCAUCAGAUUUCAAGCUAAUAAUCCAGGUGUAUGGUUUAUGCAUUGCCACUUGGAUGUACAUCUCUCAUGGGGUUUUGCUACGGCUUUUGUGGUUGAGAAUGGGCCGACACCUUCGUCCACACUCCCUCCACCGCCACCUGAUCUUCCUCAAUGUUAGAGAAUAUGACAUACUUUUUUGAUGAUUAUCAUAAUCAUUAAGUCGGUUAUUAUUAUAACAUUUAUUUUAUUUUA